GUUAUGAAAUCUACUGAGACUUAUAUUAGUUGGCCGUGCCGCCUCAAAAUUGGCGCUAAAAGCAAAAAGGAUCCACAUGUGCGAAUCGUUGGACGCAUCGAAGAAGUACAAAAGGCCAAGGAGCGUGUUCUUGCGAAUUUGGACUCAAGAGGCACUCGCGUCAUCAUGAAAAUGGAUGUAUCUUACACAGAUCAUUCAUAUAUUAUUGGACGCGGUGGUAAUAAUAUAAAGCGUAUUAUGGAGGAUACUGCAACGCAUAUCCAUUUUCCCGAUUCGAAUCGUUCCAAUCCAACCGAGAAAUCCAAUCAGGUCUCUUUGUGCGGUUCUUUGGAGGGUGUUGAGCGUGCACGUGCUUUGGUUCGUCUCUCAACGCCACUGCUUAUCUCAUUCGAAUUGCCAGUCUUGGCACCAGGGCGUCCCCAGCCCGAUCAUGAGACAUCUUAUGUCAAGUUGGUUGAGGCAAACUAUAACGUACAAGUCAUCUUUUCGUCUCGUCCCAAACUCCACUCUUCCUUGGUUCUUGUCAAGGGCUCUGAGAAGGAAGCCACCAAAGUACAGGAUGCAACACAAAUGUUGAUUAAUUUCUCAUGCGAAAACAUUGCUAACCAAAUCUUAGUGCAGAUGCAACUGGAAAUCUCGCCCCAGCAUCAUGAAAUUGUGAAGGGCAAAAAUAACUCGCAUUUGCUAGGUAUUAUGGAGCGUACAAGGACUAAGAUUAUUUUCCCUGAUCUCUCGGACAUGAAUGUCAAACCAUUAAAAAAAUCUCAAGUGACUAUUACUGGGACUAUCGACGGUGUCUACAAGGCACGACAACAAUUACUUGGUAAUUUACCAAUUGCAUUGAUUUUCGAUUUUCCGGACAAUCAAAACAAUGCCUCUGAAAUAAUAGGCCUCAGCACGAAAUAUGGCGUUUAUAUAUCACUACGCCAGAAGCAAAGACAAAGCACUUUGGCCAUUGUUGUAAAGGGUGUCGAAAAAUUUAUAGACAAAAUUUACGAGGCGCGUCAAGAGAUUUUGCGUCUCAGCACACCGCUUAUGAAGGCGACUAUUCCAGAGAGCUAUUUCGCACCGAGAGAUAAAGAUUUCAACCUUGGAUAUCGCACAAUGUUGACUUCAAUGCUGGCUGGCUAUCCUGAUAGCCCGAGGACGCCUGGCCUGCUAACGGCCCAAUUGCAGAUGUCACCCUACGGCAGCAAUGGUCAAUUGCAUAAUAGUAACAAUAAUUUGUUGAUUAACAAUAACAACAACAACGAUAACAAAAACAACAACAGCAAAUCAUAUCCACCUGGUUUCGGUGCUUGCACCGCUGCCAACGUCUGCCCACCCACUCAAAAGUACGUGGCAAUGCACAACAACAGCUUCAGUCGCCCGCAGCCGACCCACAACACAACACACAACAGUUACGUGCAUGUGACAUCGCCGAACGCUCCGAUACAGCGCGCUCAGCAGACUGCUUUGCAGCCGCAGCAACAACAGGUGUCGCCACGGAACAGCUGCCACAACACUAGCGGCUAUCAGAGUUUCAGCAGCAGCACCACUUCGCUGGAACAAGUCUAUCCGCCGUUUGGCGGAGGCGGCGGCGGCGGCGGCGGCUGUAGCAAUCGCCUGCCGAUACCAAGUGGAGGUGCAGGUGAGAUAGGUUCGCGUGGGCAGUACUCACCCGACUCGACCUAUAGCAGCGAAGCUGGUUGUGGUCGUAUGGGUCGACGUUCCAGUGAUGGUGUAUUGCUGGGAUUGGGGGCUUCAGGACCGCUUGGGGCACCUCUGAUGCCGGGAAGCGCAGAAAGUUAUCGCAAUUUGCAUUAUGAAGCGAAGCAAAAUCGUAUUUUCGACUUUGAUAUGAAACGUGCCAUGGGCUUCAAAGCCAUGGAGCGCCCACCUAUAAGUGGUGAAUUGCGAACCCCCACCCCAAAUUGGGCUGGCAUGGCGUUGAGCCGAACAUCACCAGGCAUAUUGGAGAGUGUCGAUGACAGCUUGUGGCCGCGUAACGUAGCCAGCAUGAACUUUGGUGGCGGUGCUGGGCCAAGCGGCCCAUCGAUUACUCCCUACGCGCUCGGUAUGACUGUAGGUUUGAUGGAUGCAACACCGACAAAUCGACGACUGCAAUUGUCCCAACACAAGGACAUACAUACGCUAUUGACAAGCCUCGGCUUGGAGCAUUACAUAAAAAUAUUUGUUACCAAUGAAAUCGAUCUUGAAAUGUUCACAACUUUAACCGAAGAUAAUUUGUUGGAAUUGGGCAUAACGGCUUUUGGUGCCCGCAGAAAAUUGCUGCUGGCAAUUAACACAUUGCAGGCCAAUGAUGCCACUAAUGCGGGCAUGCCAAUUGCCUCGGCGCCUCAGUCAAACAACUCAUCGCCACGUUUUUCGGGCUCAGCAGCACCGGGUGCCGAGCGACGUCCUUCAAAUCAGUGGUAA